AUGAACUUAUUAGCUAAACAUUUUUACGACUAUCAAUCAUUUGUUAAUCUACCAUACAAAGCAGUAAAUCUUCAUAAAACUAGUCCAAAUCAAGCAGGUUGUGAUCCAUCUGCUUCAUGGGGACCAAAAAAUAUACAUGUUGCAGGAAAAAAUCAACCUGCUCCAGCAGCAAGAGCAAAUAGAAAUAGUAAUGAAUUUAAUAAUUCUCAUCCACCUCAUGGAAAAGCAGCUAAACAUAAACACAAAAAAUGGGGAAAUAGACAUGGUGACUAUUUAGAAGAAAAAAUUAUUCCUCAUAAAGAUAGUUGGAUGAAAUUUUUACCCGGUGAUACAGAACAUGAUUGUAGUAUGGCAUUUAUUGAUAAAAAAAUAACUAUAAAACGUAAUAUUACACUUGAGGCAAAGGAAAUCAUGAAAAAUAAUAAAGAAAGUAUAUCUUCUACUCCAGAGAGUAGUAAAAAAAAUCCAUUAUCAAUUAUUGAAUGUAAGGAAUAUCUUCCUAGUGAAAUAUUAACUAUUUUAACUUAUGCACCACAAAUACAAUUUAUAACAGUUUCAAUGAGUAAAAUAAGAGCCCCAACAUUUUUUCGAGAACCAUAUAUACGUGUAACUUUAUAUGAUGGCAUUAAAAUGGUGGAAGAAAAAGUUGUAGAUUCAGAAAUAUUAAAAAAAAAUGUUAGUAGAAAGUUAUCACACAUGUUACGUUGUAAUUCAUCUAAAUGGGAUGGAACAAGUCAAAAUUCUCAAGAAAUAGAGGAACAAGUAUCCAAAAAAAAUGAUUCUAUUCAUUCUUCAAAUGGUAUGUUCUUUUCAAGAAGUGAUGAUAGUAUUAGAUAUAUUGAUGAAUCAUCUUCUUUAUCAGAAAAGAUUGAAGAAAUGGAAAUUAAAGAAACAACAAUUAAUAAAAAUAUUACAUCACUUCAAAAAACAUCACCCAAAGAAACAAUUAAAAAUAUAAUUCCUAAACAUAUUGAAAUAGACAAAAAUCAUAAUACGUUAAGUUAUGAAGAAAUUGAAGCAGUAAAAGCAUUUGAAUCUAAUGUUAUUCAUAAUAUAAACCUUAUUAAAAGAAAAGGGUUAAGUGUAAAAAUAGAUAACAAGUUAAACAACAAAACAAUUGAAACACCUAUUUCUGCAAGUUUUCUGUUUAAAAUAAAUGCAAAAGCACUUCAUAGAUAUCAUCUAGUAAUUGAAGUUUAUAAUACUAUUAAUGAUAAGCGUGAAUUGGCAGGAACUACAGUUCUUGGUGCUUUAUCAUUACCUUUAGGUAGUAUUCAUUGGAGACAAAUGAUACGUAGAAAAGGUCAACCAGUUUGUCUUUGGCAUCAAUUAAAAAAAUCAUUUAGAAAUGAAAUUGAUUAA